AUGACGCCCCGGGCUGCUGUGUGCCGAGAGGGAGAGGUGAUGGAAGGCUCUGUCCCCUCGCCCUGCUGCCCACCACGGGGAACUGGGCUCCUGAGCUCCACGGUGGCUCGGUCCCUGCCUGCUGCUCGUGCCCCACCAUCCCUCAUCAUCAGCCACAGGGAUCUGCAGCGCAUUGAGGAAUCAGCUCGAGUCCUCUCCAAGGAGGAGCGUGAGGCCCAGCUGGCAGCCCUCAAAGCGCAGAGGGCAGCCGCACUCGAGGCCGUGAGAGAGCGCUCGAAGGUGGCCAGGCAAAAGGCCCUGGAGCAGCAGCAGAGGGAGAAGCCGAGCGAGCUGGAGGAGGAGGCGCGGGAGCGGGCGCAGGCCCUGCUGAAGCAGUCCGAGAGGAAGCGGUUGGAGCAGGAGGAGGAGAUUAAAGAGUUCAAAACGCUCCUCCUGGGCACCAAGUGCCACGUGAUCCGCGACGCCCAGAUCCUGGAGAAGCAGCUCAUCGCAAAAGAGCUGCAGGAAGAAGAGAAUCGCCUGGCCAGGAUGGUGGAGGCGGAGAGGAAAAAGGCUGAGGGGAAGCAGGAGGAGCUGGAGCGCAGGAGGAAGCAGGAGCUGAUCAGAGGGAGACAGGAGAUCGUCAGGCAGAUGGAGAAGAACGCGGAGGAGCGCGCUCUGAGAGCUGUGCAACAAGAGGAGGAGGCUCAGGAGCUGCGGCAGCAGAUGGAGCAGCUGAAGAUGGAGGAGCAGAAGGACUUGCAGCGCAGACGGGAGCAGCAGAAGAAAACCCAGGCGGAGAUCAAACGUGUCAAUGACGCGAAUCGGAAGCUCAAGGAGGAGCAGACCGAGCUGGAGAGGCUGGCAGACGAGCGGAUUCUGCAGUACCAGCGGCAGAAAAUGGAGCGGGAGGCCAAGCUGGAGGCCGAGCAGGCGCGACUCCGCCAGGAGAAAGAGAAGGAGAUUGCACGCUUCAGGGCCAUGCAGGAGAGGGCCCGGGACCAGAAGGCAGAGCAGGACGCGCUGAGGGCCAAGCGCAGCCAGGAGGCCGCCGAGCGCGAGUGGCGGCGCAAGGAGCUGGAGGCGGCGCGGAGAAAGGCCGCGCUGCAGCAGCAGCUGGAGCGGAGCCGCUGUGAGCAGAUGGCGCGGCGCGAGCACGAGGCGGCCAUCCAGGUACAACGGGACCGGCAAGACUUCGAGAGGAGCCUCAGGGCCCUGCGGGAGCAGCUGCAGAAGGAGAAGGCCGAGGCGGCGCGGAGGGCAGAGCAGCGGCUCGCGCACGCCAGCGCCGUCCGGCGCCAGAUGCAGGAGCGGCAGCAGCAGCUGACGCGGGAGCGGGUGGCCGAGUUCGAGGAGGCCCGGCGGCGGCAGGAGGAGGCCCAGCAGCGCAGCCUGCGCAUCGCCCGCCACAAGCAGCAGCUGCUGCAGGAGUUCAGGCCCUUGGGCAUCCCUGAGAAAUAUUGUGCCCAUCUGGAGCGGAAGGCCCAGAGCUGA